AUGGACAUCGCCACCGACCUCCGCGACAUCAUAAGUUGUCCGCCCACAGGAGCCCCUUAUACUGCCCUAAAGGAGGCUCUCAUUUCCCGCAUUUUCCUCUCAACCCAAAAACGCCUGCAACGUUUAAUUUCUAAGGAGGACCUCGGUGUCAGGAAGCCUACGGAUCUUCUUAGGCGUUUAGAGCAGUUGGCAGACGGACAAAAGCUGGAUGCCACCAUGUUCAAGCAACUUUUCCUCCAACGGUUACCUCCUUCUGUGCAAGCCAUCCUUGCCCCUAACAUUCCUUCAUCGACUGUUCAGAUGCUCGCGGAGACUGCUGACCGUAUGCUCGAGUACAGCAAUCGAGGAUGUCAUCAAACGCAUGGAUGCCCUCACUCUCGAAGUUUCCCAGCUCCGAGCCACUCGUUUCUAUAACCCUAGUAGUCCUGCAAUUACUCGCCGCCCGAGAUCUCCCACUCCAAACCAACCUACAGUUGAUGGUUUCUGUUGGUAUCAUCACAAUUAUGGUUCUAACGCCCAUCGCUGCCACUCUCCGUGCAAGUACAAGGCACCUGCGUUGGAAAACGUCCCUGCCGACUAGUAAAGGUGACGAACGUUGUCGGCUCAUCCUCUCCCAGUGGCUUACUCCACGUCUGUGACAGAACUUCCUGUCAUAAUUUUCUCGUGGAUACUGGUGCGGAGAUCGGUCUAAUCCCACCCACCUUGACUGACCGUAAGUCACCAAACUCUUCAUUUUUCUCCAAGCAGCUAACAAGACUUCCAUUAAAACUUUUGGUCAACGAUCGCUAACGCUAGAUUUGGGUCUAAGACGUUCAUUUCGUUGGCUAUUUACUAUCAUUAAUGUCCAUACUGUCAUUCUCGGCGCUGAUUUUAUAUCCUUUUUCUGUUUCCUCGUUGACAUCAAGUCCCAUAAAUUAUUUGAUCCUAAGACUUCUUUACAUCGUAAUUGUUCCACUCGUACCCUUUCAUCAUCUAAUCACCACAUUUCAACAAUCCCCUCGUCUACUCCCUAUCAUCGUUUACUUUCGGAAUUUCCAUCUAUCACAUGACCUGCACAAUUUAAUCAACCUAUCAUGCAUUCUGUUGUACAUUAUAUUUCAACUACUGGACCGCCCAUGUUUAGCCGUCCCCAUAGUUUAGCCGCCGAUAAGUUAGCCAUAGCCAAGGCUGAAGCCAGCCACAUGAUGGAGCUAGGCAUAGUUAGGCCUUCCACUAGUCCAUGGGCUGCACCUCUACAUAUGGUGUGCAAAAAGUCUCGUUGACUGGCGCCCAUGCGGGGAUUACCGACGGGUAAACACCUCCACUGUGCCUGACAGGUAUCCACUUCCCCAUCUCCACGACUUUUCAUCUAGCCUAGCUGAAGCAAUAAUAUUUUCCAACAUUGACUUAGUCAAAGCUUUCCAUCAGAUACCCGUUGCUCCAGAAGACGUUCCCAAAACGGCGAUUACAACACCGUUCGAUCUGUUCGAGUUUGUCAGGAUGCCUUUUGGGCUACGCAACUCCGCCCAAACUUUUCAACGUUUCAUCAACGAAGCCCUCCGAGAUCUACCGUUCGUUUUUGUCUACGUCGACGAUGUUCUGGUAGCAAGUUCCAGUGAAAACGAGCACCUACAACAUUUGCGUCUCAUUUUUGAACGAUUGAGCCAAUUUAACGUUUUCAUUAAUGUUUCUAAAUGCGUUUUUGGCGCACAGCCGCUGUUUUUCUUAGGACAUCGCGUAGAUGCUUCUGGUUGUCAUCCCAUAGUUGCCAAAGUUUCAGCUAUUCGCGAUUUCCCUACUCCCACUUCUUUUCAACAACUGCGCCGUUUUAUAGGCCUUGUCAAUUUCUAUCGACGUCUCAUCCCUCAUUAUGCUCAAUUAAUGCUACCACUUACUAACCUUUUACGCGGGAACAACCGUGAGUUUUCUUUUCCUGACACAGCUGUAGAGGCUUUCAAUCGCGCGAGGAAGGCUCUUGCGGAUACAACUGUCCUUGUUCACUCUAAACCUGAUGCCCCACUUUCCAUUGUGGCCGACUCCUCCAAUUUCGCUAUAGGUGCUGCCCUUCAGCAACAGACGCCCACUGGCACCCGGCCCUUGGCUUUCUUCUCUGCCAAAUUUACACCCCCACAAACUCGCUAA